AUGUCCAACUCUAAUGAAAUAGAGGAAAAUUUUGAGACACUCAAGGAUCUGUCCGCCACCAUGAGCAAAGCGAUUGAAGAACUCGAACAGCAGCAGUCCAAAUUGGAAAAGGACAAUAAGAGGCUCAACGAAACCAACGAUAUGUUGCUUGAAAUUACCAAGAAACAGCGAUUGAUGGUAGGCUCGUCGAAAGAAUCAAGAGAAGAUAUUACAAACAGAUACCGUAAAUCAAUUUACAAGAAACUUGCCGAUCUUGAAAAACAACUAAAGGAAAAUCAAACAGCAUUCAUGGACGACUUCGUUUUUGAUGAAAAUGAUCCUAAAUUAAUGUUAAAAUUGAAAGUCCGAAUUUACUCAUUAGUAGAGGAAAACAAAUCUUUGAGAGACCAGCUUCAAGAUUUUCAAAAUAUGUAUGAUCGGCUUAUGGCUGAAAUCCGAGCAAUGAACUCGAAGAAUGCUAAAACCCAAACUGCUAAUAAUCAACAACAAGGAAAUAGUGCAAUGUACGCCUCUCCUACUACCACUAGCUCACUUGACCAAGAUGAUUUGCAACCACUUCAGGUAAACGUUAUUGACAGUGAUGUAGAAGGUUUGAAGGAUAAGUAA